UCAUCGAUUCUACUUAAAGCCGGUCUCGAAUCAAGACAAGCUCAUUGUGAAUCGCCACUUGCUGGCGAUCGGUCGUUCCCGAGUUAACCGAUCAUCUGUUUUACAAUGUUGAGGAUAUUUUUGUGCGGAUUUGUUUUACAAUUCGCCCUGCUAAUCAAUGCCACUGGCCUGUAUACGGUGGUGGGGCCUGGCACCAUCCGAUCCAACUCCAAGUACAAUGUCGUCGUUUCGGUCCACAAGGCAGAUGGUCCCAGUCAGAUAAAAGUCAGUCUGAAUGGACCCUCCUACAAUGAGACCAAGCAAAUCGAACUGCCGCCCAUGUCCACCGAGAGUGUGGAGUUCGAGGUGCCAAAAUUGGCCACCGGGGACUAUAAUCUCACUGCUCAAGGAAUUUCCGGUGUGGUUUUCCAGAAUUCUACCAAACUGAACUACGCCGAUGAGAAGGCCUCGACCUUUGUUCAAACUGAUAAGGCCACCUACAAGCCCGCCGAUCUCGUUCAGUUCCGUAUUAUCUUCCUGGAUGAGAACACUCGACCCGCCAAGAUCGACAAGCCCAUAUCGGUCGUUAUUACCGACGGAGCCCAGAAUCGGAUCAAGCAGUUUACAGAUGUCAAGUUGACCAAAGGCGUUUACACUGGGGAACUUCAGUUGUCCGAGCAACCUGUCCUGGGCACCUGGAAGAUCUCAGUGAGCGUGGAUGGCGAUAAUAGGGAGACCAAGACCUUCGAGGUGGACAAAUAUGUGCUUCCCAAGUUCGAGGUCAUCGUGGACACAGCCAAUGUGGUCCUAGCAGAUAAUGUGAUCAAGGCCACGAUUCGAGCCAAGUACACGUACGGCAAACCAGUCAAAGGCAAGGCCACCGUGUCAAUGGAACCCAAUUAUAGCUACUUUGGUGACUCCGGGGCAAGAACCCAGGAGAAGACUGUCGAUGUCGAUGGUAAGGGUCAUGUGGAGUUUGAUCUACAAGAAUUCCGACACAGGUCCUACGCACCACCCAUGAAACUGUUCGCCAUAGUCACCGAGGAACUGACUGGCAACAAACAGAAUGCCUCCGCUACAGUUCGGGUUCAUCAGCAGCGCUAUGUGAUAGAAAAUUUGGAAAAGCCAGACCAUUUCCAUAGCAAUAAAUCGUUCGCCUAUCAGGUGGUUGUGAAGAACGUUGACGGGUCUCCAGUAGCAAGUUCCGCAAAGAAGGUCAAGCUAUCGUUUGAAAAUGCUCAUCGCUAUUUUGCAGCGCGUUCUUCUGCACCACGAAUUGAGUUUGAAGCACCUGUGAACACGAAUGGCAUUGCAAUCUUUAAUGUAACGCUUCCCGAAGUGGAAUCCAGAUUCUAUCGAAUUGUUGCCACCUUUGACGGGUCAGAGAGCACACUUGGAACAAUUUCCAGGUUCGAGCCAUCCAUUGACAAUAGCGAGCCCCUUAAGAUUGAGGUGAAUACAAAAAAGCCCAAAUUGGGAGAGCGAGUUUCUUUCGAUGUAAAAUCGAUUGAUGACAUUCCUUACUUUGUGUACACGAUUGUGGCCAGAGGUAAUAUUCUGCUGAGUGAAUACGUGGAUGUGCCAAAGGGUCUUAACACUUACACGGUUAAGUUUACACCCACGUUUAGCAUGGUGCCCAAGGCAACUAUCUAUAUUCAUUAUGUCCUGAACAAUGACUUGCAUUUCGAAGAGAAAACCAUCGACUUUGAGAAAGAGUUCAGUAAUUCGAUUGAUAUCUCGGCUCCAGUGGAUGCGGAACCCAGUGAAGAGGUUAAGUUACGGGUAAAAACCGAUGCCGACUCCUUUGUGGGUCUUCUGGGAGUGGACCAGAGUGUACUGCUGCUCAAGUCUGGAAAUGAUUUCAGCCGGGAUGAGAUCUUCAAUAGCCUCAACAAGUAUCAGACAACAACACCCUAUCAGCUUGGCUAUGGACGUUAUCCUGGAGAAACUUCCGGCUUGGUAACUCUAACCAAUGCCAACUAUCCCUACAGCACUGGUAGAAUGUAUGAAAAGGAAUACGAUGUAAUUGUUGAUAUCCGAGCUGAAGUUGCCUACGAUGAAGUGGACGCAAUUUCUACAAGUUCACCUAUGAAAAUCGAAGUAGUUCGAACAAACUUUGCAGAAGUCUGGAUAUGGCAAACAUCUGGCAACGGGAGUGUUGAUGAAGAGGGUUUUACCCUGACCAAGAAGAUCCCGGACACAAUUACCUCGUGGGUGGUCACGGGCUUCUCCCUGAACCCCACCUCUGGAAUUGCUUUGACCAAAAACCCCAGCAAGAUUCGAGUGUUCAAGCCAUUCUUUGUGUCCACCAAUUUGCCAUACUCCGUGAAGAGAGGCGAAGUAAUUGCUAUCCCUGUGGUGAUCUUUAACUAUCUGGAUAAGACUCUUGAUGCAGACGUGGUAAUGGACAACACUGACCAGGAGUACGAGUUUACCGAGGCCACCAAUGAGGUGUUGGACAAGGCUAUCGAUGAAGUGCGGCGAGUCAAAAGAGUCACGAUUCCGGCCAACAGUGGCAAGAGUGUUUCAUUCAUGAUCCGUCCGAAGAACGUAGGAUUCACAACUCUGAAAAUCACGGCCAACUCUCCUUUGGCCGGAGACACCAUACACCAGAAACUGAAGGUGGAGCCGGAGGGAGUAACCCAGUUUGAAAACCGGGCGGUCUUCAUCAACCUGAAGGAUCAGCCGGAGAUGUCACAGUCGCUGGAGGCCGAGAUUCCCAGUGAAGUCGUGCCCCAGUCCGAGUUCAUAGAGUUCUCCGUGGUGGGCGAUCUCCUCGGACCCACGCUCCAGAAUCUCGACAAUCUUGUGCGCAUGCCCUACGGUUGCGGAGAGCAAAACAUGGUUAACUUUGUGCCUAACAUCCUGGUGCUUAAGUACCUGAAGGUCACUGGUCGAAAACUGCCGGCCGUCGAGUCCAAGGCCAAGAAGUUCCUGGAGAUCGGCUAUCAGAGGGAACUGACCUACAAACACGACGAUGGUUCCUACAGUGCCUUUGGAAAGUCUGAUCCUGCGGGCAGCACCUGGCUGACAGCCUACGUGAUGCGCUCCUUCCAUCAGGCUGGAGCAUAUACGGAUGUUGAUCCCAAGGUCGUGAACGCUGGUCUUGACUUCCUGGUAUCGAAGCAGAAGGAGAAUGGUGAGUUCCCCGAGGUCGGAAAACUCUUCGACAAUGCCAACCAUAAUGCCCUGGGGCUGACUUCGUUCGUCCUACUGGCCUUCUUCGAGAAUCAUGAACUCAUCCCCAAGUACCAGAGUGCGAUUGAGAAGGCUGUUCGCUAUGUGGCCGAGGAGGUGGACAAGACGGACGACCAGUACUCGCUGGCCAUUGCCGCCGUGGCCCUGCAACUGGCCAAACAUCCGCAGGCGGAGAAGGUCCUCGCCAAGAUGGAGGGCAUGGCCCGUAACGAAAACGAUCGCAAGUGGUGGUCCAAGGCUCCGGAGUCCACUGGUGAUGAGGGUCGAAUCUUCCACUGGAAGCCCCGCAGCAACGACGUGGAGAUCACCUCAUAUCUGCUGCUCGCUCUCCUCGAAAAGGAUCCGGCCGAGAAGGCCCUGCCCAUCAUUAAGUGGCUGAUCUCGCAGCGCAACAGCAACGGCGGAUUCUCCUCCACCCAGGACACGGUUGUUGGUCUGCAGGCCCUCACGAAAUUCGCCUACAAGACGGGCUCCGGAUCAGGCACCAUGGACAUUGAGUUUGCACCUGCGGGAGGACCCAAGGACACGAUCAAGUUGAACCCCGAGAACUCGCUGGUUCUGCAGACCCACGUCCUGCCUAAGGACACUCGCAAGGUGGACUUCACAGCCAAGGGCACUGGAUCCGCGAUGGUCCAGCUCUCCUACCGCUACAACCUGGCUGAGAAGGAGAAGAAGCCCAGCUUCAAGGUCACUCCCACGGUGAAGGACUCGCCCAACCAGCUGCUGGUGGUGGACAUCUGCGCUGAGUACGUGCCCUUGGAAGACGCCGACAAGGACAAGGACUCCAACAUGGCUGUGAUGGAGAUCGCCCUGCCCUCCGGAUUCGUGGGCGACCCCGAUAGCUUGGCCAAAAUCGAGGCCGUGGAUCGGGUGAAGCGCGUGGAGACCAAGAACUCGGACUCCACGGUCAUCGUCUACUUCGACAGCUUGACCCCCGGCGAUGUACGCUGUCUGCCGGUGGAGGCCUCCAAGGCCCAUGCGGUGGCCAAGCAGAAGCCCGCCUCCGUGUCCCUCUACGACUACUACGACACGGAUCGCAAGGCCACCGAGUACUACCAGGUGCAGUCCUCCCUCUGCGACAUCUGCGAGGGCACCGAUUGCGGGGAGGGGUGCAGGAAGGCCUAAGUCUCAUAUUCUACAAAGUCAAGAUGACAGAAUAUAAAACUAAUAAAAUUUAUUGAACCAAUA